AUGCAGGCUAUUUCUACAGUGGAGUCACCCGCCUUCAGGCGACUAGUUAGUAUGAUACCGGGCGCGACACGGCAGAUGGGACGGAAAACAUUCUCUAAGUACCUGGAGAGAGAAUAUGCAAAAAUGGAAAGCGAGCUAAAGAAAACUUUUGAGGGACUGAACUACAUCUCCACUACUGCAGACAUCUGGUCUGCCCACAACAGGAGCUUCAUGGGAAUAACCUCUCACUGGAUAAACCCCACCACUUUACAACGUCAGAAAGCUGCGUUAGCCUGCAAACGGAUAAAGGGUAGGCACACCUAUGAUCUGAUUGCUGGUGAGAUUGAUCACAUUCACUCUUUGUAUGGAGUGUCAACAAAAGUUACUUCCACCGUUACAGAUAACGGCUCUAAUUUUGUGAAGGCUUUUGCCAUGUAUCAACCGGAAUCGUUCUCUGACGACGAUGAUGAAGAUCAUGAUGAUGAUGAUGAUGUUACCUUUACCGAUGUUGCAGAAGUUCUCAACACCGCAGCAGAGGAAGGGAUUGUUUUACCUCCACACCAGCGGUGUGCGUCUCACACGCUUAACUUAAUUUCAUGUAGUGAUGUAGAGAAGUGGCUUGUUUCAAACCCUGGGACUAAGGCACUGUACAGAAGCUCGGUCGCUAAAUGCACUGCACUGUGGAACAAGGCAAACAGGUCCACUCUGGCUGCAGAGGUCGUGAGCGACGUCGUCAAUAAAAAGCUGCUUGUGCCAUGCACCACAAGGUGGAAUUCAUUUUAUGAAGCUGUUGCCAGAAUUGUGGAAAUUCCUAUGACUGACUUGAGUGCCAUCGCUGAUCGUUUACAGCUGAAGUCUAUCAGUGACAGGGAACUUAAUUUUUUGAAGGAGUAUUGUGUCACAAUGAAGCCACUCACAGUUGCUCUGGACAUCCUGCAAGGAGAGGAGAACUGUUACUUUGGCACUCUCCUGCCAACUCUCGAGACACUGAUGUCAAAGAUCCUGGAGGUGAAAGACAGUCUGACUGUGGCAACGGGCCUACCUGAAGCCAUAGUUCAGGCUAUCAAAAGACGAUUUGCAUCCGUCUUGGAAAGCAACGAUGCAAUGCUGGCAGCUGUCACUCUUCCCAAAUUCAAGUUGCGGUGGGUGAGAGACCAGAGGAAAAAGGAGAUGAUCAAAGGAAUCCUGAUAGCAGAGUGUCACAAGUUUUUCCCUGACCCUGAGCAGCAACCUGCCGGGAAUCCUGUGUUUCCCACAACUCCACCAGACUCAGGCUCCUCCAAAGACAAAGAGCAGGACUUUUUUUCCUUUGAGGACAGUGAUGAAAACUUUGUCACUGUGGAGACUGAGGUAAUGUCUUACUUGAAAACCACCGAAACAGGUAUGGACAUUCUCAAACAAUUUCCCACAGUAAAGGAAAUUUGUCUGAAGCUAAAUGCAGCUACCCCGUCCAGCGCACCUGUGGAGAGACUAUUCAGUCUGGGAAGCCUGGUACUAUCUCCAAAGAGAAAUAGGCUCUCUGACCAAAAAUUUGAGAAGCUGCUUCUCAUGAGAUACAACCAGUGGUUCGAAGACUAA